AUGUCGACAUCCCCGCUGGAGGCACUGGGCCAAGUGCUGGCCGAGGUGUCGGCGGCAAGCCGGCAGCAGACACAGGUGCUGCAGGCGCUAAUGGACAGAGCAGAGGCGACGGGAGGGAUGUCGUCCAUGAAACGCAUGGUGGAGGGGGAGGACCCCCAGACAUUCCUCGAUGUCUUCGAGGCCACGGCGACAUCAUGCAAGUGGCCUGAGGAGGAAUGGAGCGCGAAACUGCUGCCGCUCCUGGUGGGGGAGGCGCAGCGGGCGGCGUUGAGUCUCCCGGCGGCCGCUCGCAUGCAGUAUUCAAACUUGCGCCACGCCAUACUGGACCGGGUCGGCAGCAGCCCCGAAGAACAUCGGCGAAAGUUUCGGGCCAUGAAGUUGGGACCAGGGGACCGGCCAUUCGUGCUGGCGUUCCAGCUAAGAGACGCAGCAACCCGAGCCAACGGGUUGGAUCCAAAAAUGCUGGAGGCCAUCGUCCUGGAGCAGUUCGUGGAGGCCAUCCCGGCCAGGACCUCCGCGUGGGUAAGGUACCACAGCCCCACGGACGUCAAAGCAGCGGUGAAAUUGGCGGAGGAACACCUGGCGGUCCAGCGGGAGGCGGAAACCAAGACGGCCGAGGGGCCCACCCCAUCACCCCGCCGGCGACUCGCCCCGCUAUGGGGAGGGGUGGAAGGGGCGCCUCUGGAGCGGCGACCACGCCCGGCGGAGCCACCCGGAGCCCGUGAACAGGGUACCGGCGCUGCGGAGAAAGGGCUUCCCUCGCAGAUGGCACCUCAAACACCAGGGCCGGUGUGCUGGAGGUGCGGACGGCCCGGGCACGUGCGCCGGGAGUGCUCCGUAAUGGAGGUGGGGCAGGUGAUGCGGGUUGUCGGGCCUCCAGCACCCGCCCCCGAUCGGGGGGGAGACGUACUGUGUCCCGGUAAGGGUAGGUGGCAACCUACUGAGGAUUUUCCCCUCGAGCAGUCCCGUGAUGAAACCUUGCGCGAGGCCUGGGGCCAGGUGGAUUAUAUUGACGUCAGCUGGUGCGCCCGGGGAAAGCGCGGGUAUUCCCCCAUUUUUCAAUUAUUCGGGAUAGAUUAUACCGAGUGGGCCGUGACACUCAAACCGGGGAGGAACACACCCAGUUGUUGGUGCCAAAACGCCGCCGGGAAAUGGUUUUCCAGGCGGCGCAUUUUAAUCCCAUGUCUGGCCACUUAGGGUAUGAUAAAACACUCAAUCGGGUCAUGGUCCGAUUCUAUUGGCCAGGCCUCCGGGCAGACGUGCGCCGUUGGUGCGCUGCCUGCCCGGACUGCCAGCUGGUGAACCCAGCGGCCACCCCAAAGGCGCCCUUGCGCCCAUUACCGCUCAUGGAGGUCCCGUUCGAAAGAAUUGGGAUGGACCUCAUCGGACCAUUUCACCCAAGCA